CAUUUUAUUAAUUACUCAUCCCUACAUUUUAUUAAUUACUCAUCACUACAUUCUAUUAAUUACUCAUCACUACAUUUUAUUAAUUACUCAUCACUACAUUUUAUUAAUUACUCAUCCCUACAUUUUAUUAAUUACUCAUCACUACAUUCUAUUAAUUACUCAUCACUACAUUCUAUUAAUUACUCAUCACUACAUUUUAUUAAUUACUCAUCAUCACUACAUUCCAUUAAUUACUCACUACAUUCUAUUUAUUACUCAUCACUACAUUCUAUUAAUCACCCAUCACUACGUUCUAUUAAUUACUCAUCACAACAUUCUAUUAAUUACUCAUCACUACAUUCCAUUAAUUACUCACUACAUUCUAUUUAUUACUCAUCAUCACUACAUUCCAUUAAUUACUCACUACAUUCUAUUUAUUACUCAUCACUACAUUCCAUUAAUUACUCAUCACAACAUUCUAUUUAUUACUCAUCACUACAUUCCAUUAAUUACUCAUCACUACAUUCCAUACAUUCCAUGACAUCAACUCCAGUUCACACGUGGCCAAACGUGGGCUAUCCGUUUAAGGAGGAGCGUUGCUGCCACUUCUCCUGUACUUUGCUCCCCUCGAGCUCAGCUCAGCUCAGCUCAGAUAACGUGAGGAAGCUUAAAGGUCUCUAG